GGUUCGAGUUUGGUUUCCCAAUAUUCGGCGCCAAACGGUGCAUGAGAUUGUACCUUUCGGCCUUUCCACAUUCUCCCAUAUCUUAGUCAAGCUAUCACGCUACAGCGUCCAAAUCGCCCUCAUGUCGACCACAAAACCAUUCACUCAAAACAUUGAUGGUGUCCCUAGAGACCCGCAUUACGACCCUGAAAUCCUUAAAGAAGCGUUGGAGUUUCGAGCCCAAGAAGGUGAUCUAGUCCUGCAUUCAUUUCCCAAAACUGGUACGCACUGGGUCCUUUAUAUUGUGCAGCUCAUUCUAAAAGAAAGGUCAACCGAUCAUAAGUUACGAUGAGUUCACACAAAACAUGGUGUAUCUGGUAGUGUCAGACCCUGCCAACUUCAAACCAAGCCUGCCGCUGCGUCUGAUCGUAUCCCACUAUCCCUUAAGAAAUGAGUUAAUGAGUGGCGAGGCAAAGUACAUCUACCUGACCCGGAACCCGUGGGAUGUCUGCGUGUCAUACUACCACAUGGUGACCGCUCUCAGCACCUACCGCUUCCAAGGUGGCACAUUCGACGACUUUGUCGAUGCUUUUCUGAGCGAAGACGGCGCAGGUAACGGGAACUACUUCGAUCACGUGGUUUCCGGAUAUGACCUCAAGGACAUGCCCAACGUGUUUUUCAUAAGCUAUGAGAACUUGACGGCAGACACGCGAGGCACUGUUCUGAAGCUUGCGUGCUUCUUGGGAGACUGUUACGCAUUAGAAUUGGAAAGAGAUAAUCGGCUGCUGAAUAAGCUGCUUGAACGAUGCUCGGCGGAUCACAUGAAAGACACCAUGGUUUCAGACCUCUGGACCAAUUCAAAUCCUGGUAUCGACAAAAUGCUGCGCCGCCUUGACCUGAAUUGCAACGAUGGACGCCACGAAGACGGCAAGAAGUACUGCUUCGUAAGGGAAGCCAAGGUGGGUGGGUGGAAGAGGUACUUUUCACGGGUACAGCUGCGGCGCUUGGAAGAAGCGAUAAAGAAGGUAGAAGAAAUAUCGCCGGUGAUGGAGCUUUGGAGCGAUAUACGUGAAGUGGCCACUGCGGCGUCAACUGACGAAUAACUAAUGAAGGUGUGAACGCGAAAAA